AUGCAAAGACCACGGAUGGUUCCCGGGCCAGUCAAGCGCCAGAAGGUUGCCUCGAGAAAGCUGCUGAGCGAAGGGACGCCGAGUGAAGUGCUCACCUUCGAAGCAGAGGCCCUGCUGGGCCAGCAUAGAAAACAAGCCAACGCCGAACUGUCAGAACAAGGAACAGGUCAGGCCCCCGAGCAGUACAUUCCUCCCGCGGCCCAGACGGAACUGGAACUCGAGAUCGAACAGCUUUCGUCGACGGGCGAUGGCCUGGCCUGUUCAGCCCACAAGAACCAUGUCUACGUCGUUCCCUUCUCCAUCCCUGGAGACCGCGUGCUGGCCAAAACGUUCCCGCAGAGGCCCAACCCGCUGUUUACGCAGCUCGACUUCGUCAAAGUGCUCCGGCCGUCGCCCAAGCGCGAAGGCGUCACGCCCGGCUGCCAGUACUUUGGGGUCUGCUCUGGCUGCCAGCUGCAGAUGAUGCCGUACGAGGAGCAGCUGAAACACAAAAAGACGAUUGUGGAGAAGGCGUUCAAGUACUUUUCCAACCUCGACCCGUCGCGCAUCCCGCCCAUCGGCGACACCGUCGGCUCGCCGCUGCAGUAUGGCUACCGGACGAAGCUGACGCCGCAUUACGACAAGCCAGCGAAGAAGGCCGACGCGUCGCUGCCCGCGAUCGGCUUCGGCCUGAAGAACAGCCGCCGCGUGCUGGACAUCGAACAGUGUCCCAUCGGCACGCCGAUCUUGAACGAAGGCCUCGCCAUCGAGCGGCGCAAGGUGCAUGAGACCUUCAGCAAGCGUAAGACCGGCGCCACCGUCCUCCUGCGCGAGUCGACGCAGCGCAAACCCAUCUCGGGCGCGGACCUGCCGGAGACGGCGGCGGCGGCGGCGGAAAAGCAACAGACGGCCAAGGAGACUUCUCCUCCGCCAUCGUCCCGUUCCCUCACCCUCCCCGUGCCGACACCACGAUCGGAGCAACACCGGGUCAAAGACGGCCUUCCCCAAAUCAUCUACACGUACGACACGUACCAGGACGUGAAGACGUACACGUCGACCGGGACGGCCUGGACGACGGAGCACGUGGGAGAAUUCAAGUUCGAGAGCCGGGCCAACUCGUUCUUCCAGAACAACAACUCGAUCCUGCCCAGCUUCAUCCGCUACGUGCGCGAACACUGUGUGCGGCCUGAGAACACGGACCACACGCCACACGAUGAUAACGACCGGAAAGCGACCCCCGCCGACGCUGGUGCCGUUCCACGUCCACCGAUCAAAUACCUCCUCGACGCCUACUGCGGCAGCGGGCUCUUCGCCGUGUGCCUGUCGCCGCUGUUCGCGUCGGUGCUCGGCAUCGACAUUGACGUGCAAGGCGUCGAGGCGGCGCGGCACAACGCCACGGCCAACGCCAUUCCGAACGCCGGCUUCAUCGCCGCCGACGCCGAGUGCCUGUUCGCCGACGUGCCCUUCCCGCCCGACCAGACCUUGGUCGUGAUCGAUCCGCCGCGCAAGGGCGCCAGCGUCGAUUUCCUGCGCCAGCUGUGCGCCUUCGGCCCCCGCCGUGUCGUCUACGUCAGCUGCAACGUCCACACCCAGGCCCGCGAUGUCGGCCUGUUGGUCUCGGGCUUCGACGACGCCGACGCCGCUUGGAGAUACGAGAUCGAGAGUCUCCGCGGCUUCGAUUUCUUCCCCCAGACCGGCCAUGUCGAGGGCGUGUGUUUCUUGACCCGUGUGCCUAAUCACGUUACCGUCACCGCCCCUAAUGGUGAUGGUAAUGGUGGUGCUGGCAACCGCACGAGUGAAAAUGAAAAUGUCACCGUCGCCAAUGCCGGUACCACGUCCACCGUGGAAAAUGCCGAGGAUGCCGACCUGGCUCGGGCCUGA